UCCCCCUACACUAACACUAAACCUUCCCAUCACAGGAAACUGUGCACAUUUUUACUUUCUCAAAAACUCAUUCUGUAUGAUUUAUAAGCCUUUUGAAAAGUGGGACAUGGGGUAAUGCCCACAAAUUUGAGUCCUGAUAUGUCGCACGCACGCACACGCACAAAACUACUAUGAAACUACUGAACACGUCCUACAUAAAGCCACAUGUUCACAUCACCUCUGAAUUCACUUUCACAUGAGAUACUAUGAGAUGAGAAGAGACACAUGGAACAAAGCCUUCAUAUGAAAUAUGUAGCCUUUCAACAAAAAACACAAACCAUGGGAGGAAACAUAUAGAAAUGUGGCAUGAAUGUGAAGCUGUGAUGAGGGUCAAAGGACUGAGCUUCAUCUGUGUUCUCAAGAGUCGAACACUGAGAGAGAGAGAAAUAUUACUAUUAUUCUUCUUCUUUUUUUCUGUUAAUACAUAUAUGCAUGCAAUACAAAUGUAUAGUUUUUGUCAUGCCAAUAAAGCACACUUGAAUUGAAUUGAACUGAGAAAGAGAGAGAGAGAAAGAGAGAGAGAGAGAGAGAGAGAGAGAGAGAGAGACAGAGUGCGAGCGUCAGCACACGCAGCGACUGCGCGCAUUCUGAGCGUUUGGAAGGGAAGCAGAAAGACAUCAGACACUCAUGGAGGAAUGAAAGAGGAUCUGACAGAAAGACUGAAACCUUUGUGUUCCUUCUGAAUGGAUGAAUGUGCAGCUGCAGCGGUUUGUGCAACUGAAGGAAUUAACAUGCUAAACUAGCUCGAGCGGAAAGACUUCAGCGAACUUCAGCCUAAUCGCUAACAAGGGAUAAAAACAAAAAAACAUCCUGUCACACAAUGAGCAGCACCGUCUGGCCGACCAACCACUUCAACAAUCACACCGCCGUCACGCAGAUGCCCAACCGCUCGUGUCCUCUGGAAGACGAGAGCUUGCGGCUUCCGCUGGCGGUGCUCUACUCGCUCAUCUUCCUGUUCGGCCUGGCAGGAAACCUGCUGGCUUUGUGGGUCUUCCUCUUCCUGCACUCACGCAGAAACUCCGUGCGCGUCUUCCUCAUCAACGUGGCCGUGGCGGAUCUGGUGCUGGUGGCCUGUCUUCCCUUCCGGGUGCUGUACCACUCUCGAGGGAACGUGUGGUCGCUGGGGCCACGCAUGUGCAAGGUGGUGGGCAACCUGUUCUACAUGAACAUGUACGUGAGCAUCACCCUGCUGGGCCUCAUCAGCCUGGACCGCUACCUGAAGAUCAUCGGCGUGCGGGGCUCUCAGAGAGGCUGCGGGCCGCGCUGGCUGCGGGGGAGCCGCUGGAGUCUGGUGACCUGCGGCCUGCUGUGGAGCUGCUCUCUGGUGAUGGUGGUGCCCAUGAUCGCUCUGGCCGAGGGCAACGAGGAGGACGGGAAAUGUUUCCAUUACAAGCAGAGGAAACAUGCCAGCGGGAAAGCCUACUUCAACCUGUUCAUGGUGGCCGUGUUCUGGCUGGUGUUCGUGGUGCUGCUGGUGUCGUACGGACGGAUCGCCCAGCGGCUGCUGCAAGCCUCGCAGGACAAACCGGACCUGCCCAACGCCUCGCGCUACGCCCGCACCGCCAAGAAGUCCUUCGUGGUGCCGCUUCUGUUCACCAUCUGCUUCGUGCCGUAUCACGCCUUCAGGGGCGUCUACGUGGCGUCGCAGCUCAGAGACGUCAGCUGCGAGACACAGCGGCUCAUGGACCGCACCAACGAGGCCAUGCUGCUGCUUUCCGCCCUCAACAGCUGCUUGGAUCCCGUCAUGUACUUCAUGCUCUCGGGAUCGGUGCGGAAGGCCACCAUACAGGCGUUAUCACAGUUCUUCCAUUUGCACCACGAACCCGCCAGCACCAACAGCUCGACCACAGAGUUUCGGAGGGCAUCCUUGUCCCAUGCCUCUACGGCGGCAGUGCUGGCCACAUCACGAGGCAGUCUGGGACUCAUUACGACCCUCCGCCCCAAACCUGCAUGCCUAAACACCGACGGAGAUCCCUGUCCACGGACUGCUGUCCUAUCAAACUGACCCAGCAGCGCCACGUGUGAUGACGAGUCUCAGCCAAACUGGGCUGUGAACGGAAAAGACUCAUGGGAAACAAUGACUAGCUUGAAAUCUUUGCAUGAGAAAGUUCACUUCUGUGAGCAUGUGUGGGAUAUAUGGCUGGAUACCACACCCGCAAGAGACACUUAAACAUCUGGUUUUAGAUUUGCCCAAGAAAUCAGACACAACUGUAGACAGUCAACGUUGUUAAAAACUCAAAGUUAUUUCAAGAUUUCAUGUAUUUCAAGCAGCAUCAGCUGCAGUGAUGAACACUGACUUACGCAUGAUGAAGGACGCCCCCUACUGGAGGAACAGAGUCACUGCACUCCUCUGAUAAAAACAGAGCUGUUCUUAAUGUAAUCACUGGCCAGCGAUGGUUUGCUCUCACACACACAGUCUGUGAUCUCAUGAACUUCACACACAGCUGAUCAGCUGAAGCGCCAAUCUGACAAUAAUCCCACUUUAAUCGCAGAUGGACGGGACGCGUCCUGAUGGUUCAGACACUCUCUGACCAGUGACUUACUGGACACAAGCCGUUGAAGAUCAUCUUACACACGACUGACUUCUCUACUUCUUCUGCGUUCCUGUAGCUCAGACUGUAAGGUCAUGGGUUCGAUUCCCAGCGAAAGCAUGAACUAAUAACACGCACACCUUGAUUUCAAUGCAACACGCUUUGGAUAAAAAUGCUUUACUGUAAAUAUAAACAAUAAUAUAAAGAAUAUUUCAGACAGGAGAAUAAAAAUGUAAAGCCUUAUGUCUAUUCACUUCUCAUCUGUUACUCUUAGAGAUAACCUCUAAGUGUUCUCAGAACUAAAGUCAUGCGUGUUUUAUGGGUGAAGAUGAUGAAGAUGA